UGUUCUCAUUCUUAUUCUCAUUGUUGUCUCCUCAUCCUUUUCUGUAUUUGUGCUGUGUUCAAUGUUCAUUCACACGCACACAUACCCCUCAAACUACAGGAAUUCAAUAAUCUUUGCAGUCGUACUCCAUUCCCAAGGCUGUUAAACAAGACCAACAAAUAUGGCAUACUCAGAAGAUCGGAAACACGAAGAAGAGGAAGAGGAAGAGGAAGAGGUGGCUGAUGAGACCGUAAGAAUAUUAGACUUCGUUUUCUUAUUAACCUAUUCCAAUACUUACGCAUUAAUAGGACUAUCGCACACAAAAAGAUGCGGUUCUUUUUGUUAUUGAUGUCAGUCAGUCGAUGCUUACCCCUCCUCCCCCUUCCGAUUCCAAGAAAGCCGAUACGGAUAGUCCCACACUUGCGGCUCUCAAAUGCGCAUAUAUGAUUAUGCAACAGCGCAUUAUCUCCAGUCCAAAGGAUAUGAUGGGUAUCAUGUUCUAUGGUACCGAGGAAACAAAGUUCAAGGAUCAAAGUGGGUUGGACACCUCGGUGUAUCCUCAUUGCUAUCUUUUCACGGACCUUGAUGUACCUUCUGCGCAAGACGUCAAAGCAUUGAAGGAGAUUGUUGAGGAUGAAGAAGAAGCGAAAAAAAUAUUGGUACCAACAGAGGAACCUUUGGAUAUGAAUAAUCUCUUAUUCUGUGCCAAUCAAAUAUUCACAACAAGAGCCCCGAAUUUCGGGUCGAGAAGACUGUUUAUUAUCACCGACAAGGAUGACCCUCAAUCUGGAGACAAGUCCCUGCGAUCCGUAGCUGCUGUUCGAGCUAAGGAUCUUUAUGACAUUGGUGUUGUUAUUGAGCUCUUUCCGAUAUCGACCCCUGAGCAUGAGUUUGAUCGCUCUAAGUUCUAUGAUGUAUGUUUCUUAUUCUGUUCCUGCCGAAUUAUUGUUUCUAAUAGUAGGUACUAGGAUAUCAUUUACCGUGAUCCUCUUGCGGAAGAUGCGCCGAAUGUUGGUCCAAAUAGUCUUCAAUCUAGAGGCGAUGGGCUGUCUUUACUUAAUAGUCUUAUCUUGGACGUCAACUCGAAACAAAUCCCCAAAAGAGCUCUUUUCUCCAAUUUACCCUUUGAGAUUGGACCUAAUUUCACCAUAUCUGUUAAUGGGUACAAUGUUCUUCAUAGACAAGCUCCAGCUAGAAGUACAUAUGUUUGGACGGAGGGUGAAGUUCUUCAAAUCCCAGUCGGCGAGACAACACAAAUGGCUGAAGAUUCAGCCCGUAUCAUUCAGAAGACAGAAAUCAAAAAAGCCUACAAAUUUGGCGGUGACCAAGUCCUCUUCACUCCCGAUGAGCAAAAGGAACUCAAAAAUUUCGGCCCUUCAGGUCUUCGCAUCAUAGGUUUCAAACCUCAAUCUAUGUUACCCUAUUGGGCAUCUGUCCAUAAAUCAACCUUUAUCUAUCCAAGCGAGAAUGGUUAUGUUGGAUCAACACGAGUUUUCUCUGCUCUCUGGGAGAAACUUCUUAAAGAUAAGAAAAUGGGUUUAGGAUGGUAUAUCGCUCGCAAAAAUGCCAAUCCUGCUAUUGUUGCUAUCUUACCCUCGGUGGAGAAACUCGAUCCCGCAACAAACCAGCAAGUCUUCCCUGCAGGUCUCUGGCUUUAUCCUCUCCCAUUUGCAGAUGAUCUCCGUAGUGUGUCAGCACCGGGUCCUAUCAUUGCACCAGAUAAAUUAAUCGACAAUAUGCGAAUCAUUAUCCAACAGCUCCAAUUACCCAAAGCCCAAUACGAUCCAAGAAACUAUCCAAAUCCAAGUCUGCAAUGGCAUUACAAAAUCCUCCAAGCCCUGGCACUCGAGGAAGAUAUCCCUGACGUCCCGGAGGAUAAAACUAUACCAAAGUGCAGACAAAUCCACAAAAGAUGUGGUGAAUAUAUCGCCAAUUGGGGAAAUACUUUAGAGUUUGAAUACGGCAAAUGGCGCAAUGGGAAGGAAAAUGUUUUAAAAAGGGAUAUUGAUGAGGAUGAAGUUGAGCUACCGAAGAAAAAGAAGGUGUUGGUGAAGAGCUCAGCGAAGAAAUUAGGGGAAAUGGAUAAAGAAGAGCUGAAAGAUUUGGUCGCAAACGGAGGAUUAGAGAAAUUUAAGGUGGCUGAUUUAAAGGAGUGUUUGGUGGGAAAGGGAUUGAAUGCGGCGGGAAAGAAAGCGGAUUUGACAGAGAGAAUCGAGGAGUGGGUGGAAGGAAACUGAUCAUCUGGUGCUGAGGAGUCUUUGAUAUGUGUAACGACGGAGUUUCGGCGCAAUGGCAUCAGGAAAAGGUAUUAUGCGUUGUACGAUUAUGGAUAUCUACGUAUGUGAUCGCUAGUGGCUUUGGUAAUAACUUCGUUAUCUGGGAAGGACGAUAUGAUGAGAAUUAAAAUAUCGGUCUCUUUUAUUUUUUAUGCA